AUGAACAAAGAAACCAUAGGAGUUGCUACAGCUUUGGCAGGAGCAACCGCAGGACUUGUCUACUUGUACACUUCAGAAAGCAUGAAGGGAUCCAAGAAAAGUGACGAUUUGCCAGAUAUCUUUCAAGAUGAUACGCUGGGACCACAAGUCAAGAGGGUGAUUGCCAAACACAUGGACAAAUUCACGUCGUCCGAGUCCAUCAUCAAGAUCGUGCGACAGCUGGACUUUUGGUACUCUCAAGGGCUCGAAGAAAAGGAAAUCCUUGACAUUGCAGAGGAUCUCAGCGAAAAGGCGACUGUCCUUUCUUCUGGCUUCCAAUGCCCCAAAUUGAGAUUUGGGAAAACCGAGAUCCAGAUUCCCAUUAUUACAUGUGGAGGCAUGCGAAUUCAACAGACCUGGUGUCCCGACAACUUGCAACUGGCUCCAAGCCGAUCCAGAGUAUUGAAGGGCCCCUGCCAAAAAAAUCUCAUGAAUGCAGUGCGGCUGUGUCUGAAAGUGGGCAUAAACCACUUUGAAACUGCGAGGGUGUAUGGGACUUCCGAGUAUCAAUUUAACGAAGCUCUUGGCAGCUUGAUCAGAAACGGAGAGAUCAAGAGAGAGGACUUUAUCUUGCAAACAAAAGUAGCCCCAAAACCAACUCGCAAAGAGUUUGAGAAGCUCUUUGAACAAUCAUGGGCCAAUCUCAAGGAUUUGGAAUACUUUGAUCUGUUUGCCUUUCAUUGUGUCUCCACGAAGGAACAAACCGAAUGGUUGCUCGCAGAAGGCGAGGAUACCUGCAUGGCGGCAGUCUUGGAAUACCAAAGACAAGGAAAGAUCAAACACAUUGGUUUCUCAACGCAUGGUCCAGCGGAUCACAUUCUGGAACUUAUCAACUCGGAAAAGUUUGCAUUUGUCAACCAUCACUGCCACUACAUGGGUAGCUAUCAUGCCGAAGGAACUCCGGAUGGUGUUGGUGGACACGGCAAUAAACAUGCUGUCAAGAGGGCUCAAGAACUCGACAUGGGUGCCUUUCUAAUCAGCCCCAUUGACAAGGGAGGCCACAUGUACCAACCCAGUAAAACGUUUGCCCGAAUAUUGGGACCCAAGAUGACUCCCAUCGAAUUUGGCAUCCUCUCAGGGUUGGAAUCUGGUCACCAAACCGCGAGCGUUGGUUUCUCGCGUGUGUGUGAUUUGGAAGAUGCCGUUUCAGCGGCUCGAAUGUACACCAAAGAAGGCACGAAAGAGGCGCUAGCAGCAGCCAAGCAACGCAUCGACGCCCAAAUGGAAAGGGAGCUCGGGAAGGAGUGGUACGAGAAAGGAUUGCUCAAUCUACCAACGUGCGAGAACGAAUCGACUAGUGGAACUGCGAUGGGUCACGUUCUCUGGUGUUACAAUCUCAUGAAAGCGUUUGGGAUGUAUGACUUUUGCUACGCUCGAUACAAGAACCUCAAGGGGUGUGCUUGGAACAAGAAGAAAGCCUUUGACGAUAACCGGAAGGCCAUGAUCCCUGGAAACAUGGGAAGGGCUUACCUUCCUGGCAAAGAUUACAAGGAGGCGCUCAAGGACCACGACAACCCAGCUGCGGCACUCGCCAACAUGAAACAGGUUGACGAAUGGAUGAAGAUUGACCCCAAGGAUACCAAGACACGCCGAGAAAAUGGCUUUGACGAAGCAUACGACUUGCGUGUGUGGGAGGAGUACGCUGGUAGUGACCCGGACGUCAAAGGUGUCGUAUUGCAGAAUCUCACCUUUGGCGUGCUGGGAUGCGGAGGCGGGCCCACGAAGCAAUCCGCUGACUUUGCGGCUAGACUGGCGCAGGAAGUAAAGAGUUGA